AUGGUCAAAUUCAUCGUCAUCGGAGGUGGUGGCAAAGUAGCUCAAUAUUUUACCGAGCAUGCUGUCAAGGAGGGCCAUGAAAUCCAUUCGGUGAUAAGGAAUGACGGGCACUCAGACGAAUUGAAGAAGCUCGGAGCACAGAUCCAUAUACUCUCACUGGAAGAUGCAUCCGUCCCAGACCUGACCUCAUUAUUCACCAAAGUCAACCCGGACGCAGUCAUCUUCGCAGCUGGAGCAGGCGGUAAACCCCCUGGACCUGAGGUGAUAGAUUACCAGGGUGCUGUGAAAGUGUACGAUGCGAUGGAAUCGUCCAAUCGUAAGAGAUUGAUCUUGAUUGGUGCGGUCGAUGUGAGAACGAGAGAUAAAGGUUGGCCUGAAUGGUAUGAUGAAGAAGAUAAGAAGACAAGUGAAAGAGUAUGGAAGGCUAUUCCAACUUAUCUCGAUGCCAAGCUCAAAGCAGAGAUCGAAUUACAUAAAAGAAAACAAAUUCAAUUCACCGUUGUUCGUCCAGGUGGAUUAACCAUCGAGCCUGCAGGUGGUGUUCAGUUGGGCAAGACUCAUCUGAAGCAGACCAGUCGAGAGCUAGUCGCCAAGGUGAUCCUAGCGAUAGCGACCAGCAAGGGGACAGAGGGUCUGACAAUUGACGUGAUGGAUGGUGAAGGGUCAAUCAAAGAUGAGUUGGACAAGGUGGUAGAGGAUGGAACGGAUGCCUGGACAGGUUGA